CUCGGUUUUAUAAAUGUGCGCAAAAAUGAGUAACAUUCCAGAGAAGAAGACGGCACGGGUAGCCUACUUUCAGCAGCGUCUGCAUCUGACAAAAUGGACCAGAGUUUCCACAAGUUCCUUCGAGAACAGCGGAGGUUAAAUGAGACAGUUGUCACCACCUUUAUCAACGAGAAGAUUGACUGCUAUGCUGUCCAUGGGAUGACAGAUGACCAGUUGAUGAAAUAUGUCCCCAAGAUUGGAGAGUACUGCAGAACAGAAGUGGCUGCACUGGAAGGAACCACCACAACUAUUUCUAAGGCUACAGAAAGCCUGAUGAAAAAAAUAAAAGAAAGGCAGGCCUCUAAGAGAAGUCAUGGGGAUGAUCAUUCAGAAAAUCUGUCUGGAAACUCAAAUGCUUUAAAAAUGGAGUGUGUUUUUCAAAUGGGGUUGUUUGAAGAAGUUUGGGCCAAAAAUGUACAGGUAAAAGAGAAAAGGGGAGGAGGUACCAGACAUUUGAAGGCUUUGACUUCCACAAUGGCACAGCUGAUGGAGAUUGGCAAAGAACUCUUUUUUCCAAACGGAAAAAGUAAAAUUGGGAAUGUCAAUGACUUUGAAUUCCGCAUACAAGAUUUUACUGAAGAUGAACUGGAUCCAUUGACCACCCUAGGUGAGCAAUAUGAGAAGAGGAAAGUUAGAAUGUUGAGACUGUAUCUAUCAUGCAUAAAGAUUGAUGCAGAAGAAAUAUUGAAUGAUGCUACCUCACCUGGUGAAUCACAAAAUGCAGUGCCCCUCACAAGAGAAUUACUCUGUGCAGCUGCUGCUUCUUAUGGAGCUGCUUCAACUACAGGAACAACCUGUGGAUCUGAUUUCACAACUGGAACUCCCAGAACAAAGGCUAGCACACGUGAAAUAGUGCAAGAGCCUGCCCAUAUAUCUGAGUGUUGGAGCAGUGCCUUGAAAAGGCUGAAACUUCCCCCAGGAGGAGUAGAUGAAGUGCUGGCCAGCCUCACUCCUACACCCAGGAAGGUUGUAGCCAUGCUACAACAUGAAACUCAACAAGAGAGAAAAUUAGACUCUUGA